AUGGCUCAAAAGACUGCUAUUCUAUCCGUCUAUGAUAAGACCGGUUUGCUCGACCUAGCUAAAGGUUUAACUGAAAAUAAUGUUCGUAUUCUCGCCUCAGGUGGUACUGCCCGUAUGAUUCGUGAACUAGGUCUCCCAGUUGAAGAUGUCUCCUCAAUUACUCAUGCUCCAGAGAUUCUAGGUGGUAGAGUCAAGACUUUACAUCCAGCGGUUCACGGUGGUAUCUUGGCUAGAAAUAUCGAUUCUGAUUUAGCUGAUUUAGCUAAACAACAAAUUGAUAUGGUUGACUAUGUCGUUUGUAAUUUAUAUCCAUUUCAAGAAACUGUAGCUAAGAUUGGUAUCACUAUUCCAGAAGCUGUUGAAGAGAUUGACAUUGGUGGUGUUACUCUAUUGAGAGCUGCCGCAAAGAAUCAUUCUAGAGUCACUAUCUUAUCCGAUCCAAAUGAUUAUGCAACAUUCUUAGAAGAAUUAAAUGGCAAUGAACAAAAUGAAAUAUCAAGUGAAUUUAGAAAUAAAUUAGCAUUGAAAGCAUUUGAACAUACUGCAACUUAUGAUUCUGCCAUCUCUGAUUUCUUUAGAAAACAAUACUCUGAAGGUAAAGAAAUGUUACCAUUACGUUAUGGUGCUAAUCCACAUCAAAAACCAGCACAAGCAUUUGUCACCGAAAAGGACAGCUUACCAUUCCAAGUGCUAUCAGGUUCUCCAGGUUACAUCAACUUAUUGGACGCCUUAAACUCAUGGCCAUUGGUUAAAGAAUUAUCUGCAUCUUUGAACUUACCUGCAGCUGCCUCUUUUAAACAUGUCUCUCCAGCUGGUGCCGCUGUUGGUAUCGCUUUGAGUGAUAUUGAGAAGAAGGUAUAUUUUGUUAAUGAUAUUGAAAACUUAUCUCCAUUGGCUUGUGCUUAUGCUAGAGCUCGUGGUGCUGACAGAAUGUCUUCCUUCGGUGAUUGGAUUGCUUUAUCUAACAUUGUUGAUGUUCCAACUGCUCAAAUCAUCUCCAAGGAGGUUUCAGACGGUAUUAUUGCUCCAGGUUACGAACCAGAAGCUCUAGAUAUCUUAAAGAGAAAGAAGAAAGGUAAAUACUGUGUUUUACAAAUAGAUCCAAACUAUACUCCAGAAGGAUCUGAAUCCAGACAAGUAUAUGGUAUCACUUUACAACAAAAGCGAAAUGAUGCUAUUAUUAACCAAUCUACUUUCAGAGAUAUUGUUUCUAACAACAAGGCAUUAACUGAACAAGCAUCCAUCGAUUUAACUGUCGCCACUAUUGCUUUGAAAUAUACACAAUCAAACUCUGUUUGUUAUGCUAAGAAUGGUAUGGUUAUUGGUCUUGGUGCUGGUCAACAAUCUAGAAUACAUUGUACCAGACUAGCUGGUGACAAAGCUGAUAACUGGUGGUUUAGACAACAUCCAAAUGUCCUAGCUUUCAAAUGGGCUAAGGGUGUCAAGAGACCAGAAAAAUCGAAUGCUAUUGACUUAUAUGUUACUGGUCAAAUUCCGACUGAAGAACCAGAAAAAUCUGAAUAUGAAUCUAAAUUUGAGACUCUUCCAACUCCUUUAACCGAACAAGAAAGAACAGAAUGGUUGAGUAACCUAAAUAACGUUGCUCUAUCAUCCGAUGCCUUCUUUCCAUUCCCAGACAAUGUCUACAGAGCUGUUAGAUCUGGUGUCAAGUACAUCGCUGCUCCAUCUGGGUCUGUCAUGGAUAAAGCAGUCUUUGCAGCUGCUGAUGCGAACGACUUGGUUUAUGUUGAAAACCCAAUCCGUUUAUUCCACCAUUAA